AUGGCGUCUUCCUCCAAUGGCAGCGCGGAUGGGUCUGGCCCUCAGAAUGCGACAAAUGCCAAGUCGUCCAACUCGACGGCUUCGCGGAGCACCACUGAUCGUGUAAUAAAAAGUGAGUUGUCGUUGAUGGAAGUUUGCCAAAAGCGAUGUUUUGCGACAAAGUAUGACAUACCCAGUAUAUCUUCUAGUACACAGCAUAACUUCUGAUGUUUUAGCAAAUAAUUACCAUAAAGGGCCUAAAAAAGAGUAUUAUCACUUAAAACUUAUAAAACUUGAUUUAAAACCCAAACCAAUCCUUCAGGUGUACAAUUCCCAAUCAGCGAGCGUCUGAAGCCAGAUGAUGUGUAUGGACGAACGGGUAAACCUCGGACCGAGGUUCUGAAGGAACAUUUCAUUAAGGAGGGCCGGAUCGACGAAGAUGCCGCCCUCCGCAUUAUUAAUGAAUGCACGGCCCUCUUCCGCCAGGAGAAGACCAUGCUCGACAUCGAGGCGCCCGUCACCGUGUGUGGCGACAUCCACGGACAGGUAUUAACUUAAUUUGCAUAUUCCAAUUACAUUUUGUACUCUAAAGAGAUGAUGUACUUACGAGUUUCCAGACUAAUAAUUAUGUUUGUAUUCGAUUGUAGAUGUUAAUCAUUGGUUUGGAACAUUAAUUGCCAUGUAAACGUAUUAUAAAAUGGCAUAAAAACUAAAAUAAUAGGUUCUAUAUAACAAUAUUGCUCCUUUAAUUAUCUAAUUCUUACCUAUUCCAGUUCUACGACCUGAUGAAGCUGUUCGAAGUCGGUGGAUCCCCAGCCAACACCAAGUAUCUGUUCCUGGGCGACUACGUCGAUCGUGGCUACUUCAGUAUAGAGUGUGUGCUGUACCUGUGGGCCCUCAAGAUUUGUUAUCCGAAUACAUUGUUUUUGUUGCGCGGUAAUCACGAAUGUCGACAUUUGACAGAGUAUUUCACUUUUAAGCAGGAGUGUAAGUUUUCCAACCUAUGCCAAUAUAAUACAAUAUAAACUAGGUAAAAUAAUAUAAAAACUUUAGCUUUGAGCUUUAUUGAUCAAGUUUCACAUUUUCGUUCAGUAUAAGAUCUUUUACGACUUUUUCUGGAAGUACGUUUUGAUAAAAUUCGCAAAAAUAUUUUUUUUCGGAACGAGUUUCGCGGGCGCGAAUCGCAGGCGCAGGUCUUCUGCAGUCUGCGCGUAUUUUUUAUACCCUGAUGUUUUGGGACGAUAAAAGUUGAUGUAAAACCACAAAUAGAUACCAAAUUAAUGUUUAAAAACACUUUUAUAGUUAGUUUAUAUAAAAAAUUAUUUUAGGCAAAAUAAAGUACUCGGAGCGGGUGUACGAUGCCUGUAUGGACUCGUUCGACGCCCUUCCCUUGGCCGCCUUGAUGAACCAGCAGUUCUUGUGCGUGCACGGUGGUCUGUCGCCCGAGAUCCACACUCUCGAGGACAUCAAGAAGGUAAGUGUGUCCCCUUGAAUGUUAUACUGGUUUAGUUGGACCGCUUCAAGGAGCCACCUGCCUAUGGGCCCAUGUGCGACUUGUUAUGGUCGGAUCCGUUGGAGGACUUUGGCUCCGACCGACACACCGAACAGUUCUCUCACAACUCAGUCAGAGGCUGCUCCUACUUCUACAGGUAACUCCUCAUGAUAUUUUUUUAAAGAAUGAUAACGUUUUCAAAUGAUAAUUUUGACCUUCAGGUAACAUUAGAAAGGGUUUAUAUUGUUAUAGAUCAGUUAAUAAGUAUUUCUUUUCAGUUAUGGGGCUUGCUGCGAUUUUCUGCAGCACAACAACUUGUUGUCCAUCAUUCGAGCUCACGAAGCGCAGGAUGCUGGCUACAGGAUGUACAAGAAGUCGCAGACUACAGGGUUUCCGUCCUUAAUCACAAUAUUCAGUGCGCCAAACUACUUGGAUGUAUAUAACAACAAAGGUGGGUGACUUUGCUUUAUUUUUGGGUGGAAUGUGUUGUUUUAGAAUUGAUUUACACUAGUUCUCGGUGGUGUAAUUGUUUUCUAAACAUGGCUAAUAUAGGACGCAGUUUACAAAAGAAUCCUGCAAACUGCGAGAGCAAUUAUACGAUUAAACAUGCUUAAUCUUAAACAUGUUUCUAAUUAAAGCUUUGUUUCAGCUGCUAUUCUCAAAUACGAAAACAAUGUCAUGAACAUCAGGCAGUUCAAUUGCUCACCUCACCCCUACUGGCUGCCCAACUUCAUGGAUGUCUUUACCUGGUCAUUGCCGUUUGUCGGCGAGAAAGGUACUCAAUGGUUAAAUUAAAAAUGGCUUGCAAAGUUUUAAAAAGUUCUAAAAGUAAAUGGAAAUUUGUAAAUUAAGGUCGAUUUCUUACGAACCGGUUGAUUUCUAUCUAUUUUUUGACCAAACUUUAAAAAAUAUGUUUGAAGGAUAAUAUGUUUUUUUACCACGAUAACUUUUGUCGUUUAACCACAGUAAUUUACAUUUUAGUGACCGAAAUGCUAGUCCAUAUCUUGAACAUCUGCUCGGACGACGAGCUGAUGGCCGAAGCAGACGACACGUUCGAAGGUAAGUGUGUAGCGGACGACGGUGUAACUGUGAAUCCACAUUCUUUAUAUUCCUGUAGUCCUCGGGUAUACGGUAACUUUAAGCACACGUUUCUAUACCAUUUAUGAGUUAUGUUUUCCACACAGCAAAACUCUUAAAUCCCCAUUCCCUGAAGGCAGAUACGAUGACAGUGAAGACGUCCGAUGUAGGUUUGGAGGCUACACGGGGCUACGGUGUGAGGCUACGAUAGAGGUUGCAGUAUAAGAUAACUUUUUUGACUAUUUUUAUAUAUUAACUUUGAAUGAUUUUGCAAUAAGUUACAAUGCCGUAGUUACAGUUCAGUAAAAUUCUUACUUAUACCGACAGUAGCCUCAUCGUAGCACCGGGUACGCUUCCGAACGUACGACGAUGCUGAGUAGGUACCUCUGGACGUCUGUACCUCUAUAACUAUUUUCUGUGGUUUAGGUAUUUAAAUAUUUCUGGCACUUUUUUCGGCAGGGAGGAGCGGAAGGAAGUACUGUAACCGCCGUUAUAUAUUGACUGGUCGUGGUGGUGAUAUCUUGGGUGUUGUGUCGUGCCCACUAUAGUAUAUUAUGUUUGGCGUACUCGGUUUGACCAUAGUAUACGUAUGUUCUACUACAGUAUAUUAUGUCGGACUACGGUAUCCCACGUUCUUACAGUAUCUUAUGUUUGGCUCACUGACCGUGCUUGUGUUGUCGCAGGUGUACCACGUUGACUUUUGAAAUGAUUGGUUGUUGCGUGCUGACAAGGAUAUUUGCGUGACAGUCGGGGUGACUCUUUUUUUGAACAUAACCACAGUUUUGCCGUAUCGUACCGUAAUCGUAGGCUCCGACCGCUACUUUCUGCCUGUGCCGAUUAAGUUUUGAGGCCAAGCUUUCGAUGUCUAGGCCCACCCGUUCUUGACUAAUAGCCUGAGGCCGAGUGCGUUGACGUGGUUUUUGUUCAGCGACGCAGUGUUUUAGGUAACGACAUGUAGGUAGUAAAAUAAGGUAUAGGGAGAUAGGUAUUUUUGGAAAAUUAUUAGGGUAGUUUAGUCAAAAAGUUUAGAGAGAGAGUCAUUAACGAAGGGUAGUUGAUAAAUGUUUAGGGAUUUUGAUUUAGCACUGUAAGAUAAGUUUGUAGAUGACGUGUAGUAUGUUUUUGCAAAAAAGUACUAUUAUCUAUAUAAGGAAAAAACUUUGUUAAAGUUCGUACUGAUAAGUGACAUAUACCUUUUGUCCAAAAAAGGCUUUUUCAGCUUAUAAUACUUUAAAAAAGACAAUAAGAUUUACAAUUGCCGUACUUGUGCGCACACUGUAACUGUAAGAAGGUAACCUGAGUGUGUUGACUGCCAUGAGUGUGGGUGUGCCUGAUAGUAUCUUGUUGAUAUCUUCUGUAGCCGUUUUGCAUCAGGGGAUGGGAGAGGAAUGACUAUUGACCCUGGGGCCAUUUGUAUAAUUUUCUUUAAUAAUACCAUAUUUUCAUGUCCGGUUCAGGAUCCGAAGGUAAGUGGACUGGCCCGACCGCAGUAACCAGUCGAUUUCUUUUUUUAUUUUUGUUUGUUAACACUAAUACUGUGCCGUGCUCAACCUUUUUCGUUUAAUCGUAUCGUUUUCGCUUCAUUGUGCCGCCUCUUUGAUGUGAAGCUACAGUAGUACGCUGUAUACGGUAUUCUGAAUGUCGUGUACGGUGGGUGUGGGUGGUGUACAAAGGGGGUGUUGACGAAGGUACAGCAAUGUUUACAAGUCGAAAAGAGUGUUUUCAAGUUGAAAAAACUGUUUACAGUCUGGAUAAGGCUGUUUACAGUAAUGUUUACAAAUUUGACAAUACAAGAUUACUGUAUUUUUUGAAAAAGUUUCUGAUAUAUUCUGUAAAUUUUGACAAUAUACAGUAAAUUUCUAAAGGGUACUGUAAAAGCAUCGUAUUUCGAAAGAAAAAACAUUCACAGCACAAUACAGUACAACCCUACCGUACACCGCCCACCGUAGGCUUCGCAUCGGACUGGACUGACUUCCGUUCCCUCUUCCACUUUCGGCCGUUAUUUCUUUGGUUAAUCACACUGAGCCGUUCUCUUUAUUCGAUCACUGUGUGCCAUUCUUUUUGAGUCGUACUCCCAAUUUCUAUUGCAGGAGGGAUACCGUCGGCACGAAAAGAAGUCAUCAGACACAAGAUCCGUGCCAUUGGCAAGAUGGCUCGGACGUUCUCCGUUCUCAGGUACGUUUGGGAGUCAUUGUGAGGGGUCAGAUGACAUUCGAAGGUCAUGAAAGACAUCAUGAGGUUCAAAUGUUAUCGUGACACUGCUUGGUCAGUCCAAAAGUUCUUGGAUUUUGCGCAAAAGCAUUUGAAAAUGACUGUACCGUGCUGUAACUGUAUUAUUGCACAGUGCAGAUUCUGCCAAGACUUUUGGGCUUCCUGAGUACUAGUUUCUGCACUGUGUCUUAAUCGGGUGUGCUUCUUGACCUAACGGCGUGACAUUGCGUGUUUCAGGGAAGAAAGCGAGUCCGUGCUCCAACUCAAGGGCCUCACGCCCACUGGAACGUUGCCGCUGGGCACGUUGGCAGAAGGCCGCCGUGGCAUUCAAGAUGGUAGGUUUGCUAACAAAGUAAUAGCGUAUCUACAACAUGCGACAAGUUAACCUUAAAUUUGCUGUUAAAGUACAGUAACCCUCACCAAUAACUUUACAGUAGUACGGUUGAGUAUUGUAAGGUAAUAUGAUCCUACUGUAUCUUUGGAUACCGUAAGAACGAUAUUACAGUAAGGUCAAAACUUACUGUAAUUCAAACAUUACUAUAAUCUGACUGAAUGCAGUAAGAGUGAAGUUACAGUAACCUCACGAGUCAAAGUAACCUUACUAAGUACAGUAAUCUCGGUUUGCGGUUCGAGUCUUUGUAUAUCAGUUUACAUUGUCAUGUUUAAGACACGAAAGCGAGACCGUUGUACAACUCAAAGGCCUCAACCCCGCAGGCAAAUUGCCGCAGGGCGUUCUGUCGGGAGGGAAGCCGGCCUUACAAGAGUGUAAGUUUAAGGAUACUGUAAGAUUUGUGGCCGAAUUGCGUGUCAGUUUGUUGACCCAAAUACGUUUUGUACGAUUGUUACAGUAGACCAGGAAAACAACUUUUUAUUAAUUUUUGGACAAACUACCUGGUUUUGAUUAAAGAGUACUGUAAUUAUGAUACAAAACACUAAUUUAGGUAACAAAAUUUACAGUAGGAACUUUUACACAUUUAGUUUUUUUUACAAAUAACUGUUAAAGAAAUAGACAUAUAGCUUUGUAUACAACAGUACCAUAAGAUGUCGCAUGUUGUAGUUACGGUAGAUGUUGUAUCGUCUCUCCGACGCCAGAAGAACUAACUAAUCCAUCUCUUUACAGCCAAAAUUUCAGCCUUACAAGGCGUGGAACCUGGCCACAAGAUCGAGACCUUCGACGAGGCCAAGAUGCUGGACAGGAUCAACGAGCGGAUGCCCCCGCCCAAGGGGAGCAGCCCCCACUCCCAAAGCCCGUCCACCUCCCCCGGCCCCUCCCGCCACCCCUCGGCCUCCAACCACUCCAAUCAGGUCAACAACUCCACCAACGACACCAGCCGGAGUACCAAGUCUUAG